AUGUCACCCAGAGCACCUCUCGCUGUGGUUUCCCUCGUCCUCAUCGCUGGAGCUCUUCUUCUGAUGCUUCUGGUUGUAAUCGGUGGUGCUGUUGACAAAAAUCCAACCAAUCAAUUCUACUUCCUCCAGGCCGAUACUUCCGCCAUCCCAGGCGCUCCGGCUACCUCCAGAUGGACUUUCUGGAAUACCUGCGGUGACACCAACGGACGCAAUGCUUGCCCGCACGUACAUCCAGCAUAUGCAUUCGAUCCCCAGAAGAACUUUGGCACUACCAAGGGAGUGCCGGCUUCCCUCAUCAAGCAGUAG